AUGAAGCCGGAAGACUUGAGAAGUUUGCUCAAGAAGGAGAAGCGCCUUCUGAACAGUUUAGAGUUAGUGGAGAGUUUCGUCAGUGACUUUGAAGAAGAGCGUGAUCGAAAAGAAGUUGAAGUUCGUUUGCAGCUGUUGGAAAGUGUUGUGAAUGAGUUCUUCGAUGUGCGUGAUAAGAUUGAAGUGCUAAUGGAUGAAGUUGCCGAUGACGAAGUUCCUGAUCCAGAGGAGUCAGAGAAGGCUCGAAAGGCGAGGCUGGAGAGUGCAUCGAAGAAGAGAGACGAGGAAGGUGAAGCCAUAACCAGUGAUGUGCAGAACCGUUUUUGCAAGGCCAAGGCAGCGUUGAUGGAGCGGCGUCCGAAGAAGCAGGUUGAUCGUCCUGGGGCGUCAGGCACGGCUGCCGGAAGUACCCUCUCGAGAGUGAAACUGCCCGAGAUCAAGCUACCAACUUUCGGCGGUAAACUUCGAGACUGGGUGUCGUAUCGCGAUGCAUUCCGUAGCUUGAUCCACCAGAAUCGGGAGCUCACCGACAUGGACAAGUUCACGUACCUUCGUUCAUCGUUGACGGGCGAGGCCCUUCAGGAAGUCAGCACCGUUGAACUUUCUGCGGCAAAUUAUGCAGUUGCCUGGACUGCAUUGGAGGAGCGCUACCACAACGAGAAGCUCAUCGUGAAGGCAUAUCUCGACGCCAUCUUUGGCAUUGAACCGAUGCGGAAGGAGAGCUACGAAGCGCUGAGCCAGCUCAUCAGCGACUUCGAAAAGAAUCUGCAGAUGCUGCAGAAGCUGGGACAGGACACCAAUGGCUGGAGCACUAUUCUAGUCCACAUGGUUUGUUCCAAGUUGGACGGUGUUACCCUGCGGUUCUGGGAGUCGUCGCACAACUCCAAGAACGUGCCCACCUACCGAAACCUGAUGAACUUUUUGAAGAACCAUUGUGCAGUUCUUCAAUCAGUUGGAGUGAGCAAACCUCCCUCCGCCGAAGUGAAGAAGCCCAAGGUAAGCGUCAGCCAUUCGUCCACAUCCUUCGGCCGGUGCUGUUUCUGCUCGGAAGCGUUCCAUCCGGCGUUCAUGUGCAAGAAGUUCCAGAAGUGGAAGAUCUCGGAGCGCUACGAUGCCGUUCGGAAGAAUGGCCUGUGCAUGAACUGCCUAUCGUCGGGUCACUUGGCGUGGAAUUGCAGCAAAGGAUCAUGCCGUCAAUGUGGGAGGAGACACCACACCCUGCUUCACGCUGAUAGCAACAGUGUCAACCCGCAAUCCUCCGUUACACAGACGACAAAACGACCCCCAAGUGAACAACCAUCUCAGACACAGCAAACACAACCGGGAAAACCAACACACCAAAAAGCACCAACCACAAACCACAACGAACCCAGCACUUCCUUGUCAAUCGUACAGACACAAUCGCAUAGCACCAACCCACAGAUCGCCACAGACCAUUCAGACACACCGCAACACACUGUAGCACUCCCAACACAAACAAACCCCUCCACACGACAAGUUCUGUUAUCAACCGCACUUGUGCGUAUCUGCGAUGCCAACGGGCGAUCAAUGCUGGCCAGAGCACUGCUAGACUCGUGUUCUCAGUAUUGCUUCGUCACCUCUGAAUUUUGUCGCCGCAUGGACCUGGACGAGUUCCCUGAUUAUUUGGCGGUGAAGGGAAUUGGCGGUUCGGGAAGCGUUUCGCAGAAAGCUGUUCGUGCUACAGUCAGCCCUCGUUUUGCCAGCAUCUCGGACUUCGAGGAAAUUAUACGCUUCAACGUCUUGGCAAAGCUGACUAUUCCACUCCCGUACGAAGGGUUCGAAACUAGCCAGUGGAAGCUGCCGGCCGACAUCGUUUUAGCUGACCCGGAGUUCUACCGAACAUCAGAGAUCGACAUGAUCAUCGGCGCCGAAUAUUAUCUCGAUCUGCUGCAGGAUGGGCGGUUCAGGCUCAACGAGGACGGACCGACGUUCCAGAACACCGUCUUUGGAUGGAUCGUCUCCGGUCGCAUCUGCAACAGCACAAUCUCCGCACCUGCAACGACCACUACGCUUUGUUCCACGUCAGAACUCCAAGAACAGCUCACUCGUUUCUGGGAGCUCGAAAGUUGUCACCUAACGAGCACCUAUUCCGUGGAAGAGUCCACAUGCGAGGAGAUUUUUAGGCAAACGACUAUCCGCGAUGAAGCCGGACGCUUCGUCGUAUCGCUGCCUAGGAAGGAGCAUAUUAUCGAUCACCUGGGAAAUUCCAGAAGUAGCGCUGAGCGUCGUUUCAUGAGCUUGGAGCGCCGGUUCGCUACGAACCCAGAACUGAAGAGGUUGUAUUGCGAGUUCAUGGAGGAAUAUGCGUCGAUGGGCCACAUGGAGAGAGUGAAUGAGGAGGAACUGUCUGGAUCAGUGUGCUACUUUCUGCCGCACCACGCUGUAUUGAAACCGGACAGCACAACAACAAAACUUCGCGUUGUGUUCGAUGCUUCGUGCAAGACCACGUCCGGCGAUUCCCUCAACGAUGGGUUGAUGGUAGGCCCCGUUGUUCAGGACGACCUGAUCUCAAUACACGCUCGUUUCCGCCUGCACCGAAUCGGCAUAGUAGCUGACGUAGCGAAAAUGUACAGGAUGAUCAAAAUGCAGCCACGAGAUCAGAAACUACAGCUGAUUUUGUGGAGAGCCACGCCAGAGGAACCUAUCCUGGUGUUCCAGUUAACGACCGUUACGUACGGAACCGCAUCCGCUCCAUUUUUGGCUACACGUUGCCUACGAAAGUUGUUCGGCGAUGACAUGAUCACUGGCGUCGAUAGCCCUGCAGAAGGCAAGGCAUUAGUGGAGGAGAUGGUCAACCUGACCGAUUCUGCCGGUAUGAUGUUGAGAAAGUGGAAUUCGAACUGCGGAGAAGUGUUGAGCGAGCUGCAACCGCAUCUACGGGAUGAUCGAGUUGUAUUCGAGAUGGAUUCCCCGUCGUCGAUCGCUACCGUGAAGACGCUGAGCCUUGUUUGGUGCCCUUCAUCCGACGAUUUCUACUUCACGGUGCCAAAGUGGAAUACGACACCGGUGGUUACGAAGCGAAUCGUGAUUUCCGAUGCAUCCAAGCUUUUCGAUCCCUUGGGACUAAUAGGACCGGUGGUCGUCGAAGCCAAGAUCUUCAUCCAAACUUUGUGGAAGUUGCUUGUGAACUGGGACGAUCCGCUCCCGGAAAACCUGCAAACUAUUUGGUUGGAGUACCGCAGGAACUUGAGUGCUCUCGAGUCCAUCCGUAUUCCACGAUGGGUCGGUUACACCAAGGAGUGCACUACGAUCGAAUGGCAUGGAUUUUGCGACGCUUCCGACAGCGCAUACGGCGCGUGUCUGUACCUCCGAUGUAGCUACGAGGAUGGCUCUGUGCGCGUUCAGCUGAUGAUGUCCAAGUCACGAGUCGCGCCAUUGGAGGAUUUGAAGAAGAAGAAGCGCAAGCAGUCGACGCCCCGACUGGAACUUUCAUCUGCUCUUCUGCUAAGCCAUCUUUACGAAAAGGUCAGCCAAGCCACUGGACUGACAAUUCCGUCGUUCUUCUGGACAGAUUCGAACAUUGUGAAGCAUUGGAUUGCGUCCACACCAUCCAGAUGGCAGACCUUCGUCGCGAACAGGGUGUCCGAAAUCCAACACCUGACGAAGGGUGGAGUCUGGAAUCACGUCGCAGGCAUCGAGAAUCCAGCAGACGUACUCUCGCGAGGUAUUUCGGCCACGCAGUUGGAAUAUCACUCCCUCUGGUUCAACGGUCCAGUUUGGCUGAGUCAAGGUCGAAAUUUCUGGCCGGAGAACUCCGAAGUCGACGUUGAACAGCUCGAUCCUGCUUCCCUUGAAGAACGAAAGUCCGUAGCCCUACCGCUGCAAGCAGCAACUCCGAACGAGAUCUUUUCGCUCCGCUCGUCGCUGUUCGCUCUAGUCCGACUGGUAGCGGUGAUGCGUCGCUUCCGUCACAACGCCCAGAGAGCUAACCGAAAUGCCCGGAAACUCGGUUCAGUCAGCACGCAGGAAUACGAAGAAGCUUUGUUGCAGCUGGUUCGUCUGUCGCAAGAAGAAUGUUUCCCGGAGGAGAUUGCAAGUCUGUCCCGGGAGGAUCAGGUGAAGCAGUCGUCCAGAAUAUCGUCUUUGAAUCCCAAACUACGAGAUGGGAUACUCCGCGUUGGCGGCCGGCUCCGGAACGCAUCGGUUUCUGAAAAUCGGAAGCACCCAAUGAUCAUCGAUCACCGUCAUCCCCUCGCCACAUUGGUAGUUCGUCAUUACCAUGUGAAGAUGCUUCAUUCCGGACAACAAGUUGUCAUGGCAAGCGCCAGAGAACGAUUCUGGAUCCCGAGCAUUCGGAACCUCGUGCGAAAGGUCCUGCAUGAGUGUAUUACCUGCUUCCGAAUCAAACCUAGAUGCCAGGAACAGCUGAUGGCAGAGCUGCCACCUGAAAGGGUCAACCCGGCACCACCGUUCCUCAAGGUCGGUGUAGAUUAUUGCGGCCCGUUUCUGGUCACCUACCCACAGCGUCGCAGUUCUCCCGUCAAGUGCUUCGUAGCGAUAUUUGUCUGCCUCGUCACCAAAGCCGUUCACGUGGAGUUAGUCGCCGACCUCACCACGGCCGCGUUCCUAGCGGCCCUGCGGCGUUUCACGGCCCGUCGAGGACGUCCAGCCGUAAUCAUGUGCGACAAUGCCAAGAACUUUGUUGGAGCCAGGCGGGAACUUCGGCAGCUGUUAAACCUGUUCGAGCAGCAGCAAUUCCAAAACGCUGUAGCUAGCAACGCCACGGAUGAGAGAAUCGAGUUUAAGUUCAUCCCGGCCAGAUCGCCUAAUUUCGGUGGUCUGUGGGAAGCAGCCGUAAAAAGCUUCAAAAACUGCUUCAAAAAGAUCAUCGGAACUCGGACUCUCCUGUAUGACGAGAUGCAGACGGUGCUCACCCAGAUCGAAGCGGUUCUAAACUCCAGGCCCCUCACACCACUCAGCAAUGAUCCUGGAGACUUCGAGGCGCUUACGCCAGGACAUUUUCUGGUUCAACGUCCACUGACGGCGAUUGCUGAACCCGAUCUGGAGAAUGUUUCAGCUAACCGUCUCUCCGUCUGGCAAAGGGCGCAGGACUACGGCCAGCUGCUCUGGAAGAAGUGGAGCACGCUUUACCUCUCCGAUUUGCAUAACCGGACCAAGUGGACCCGCCAGCGGGAUAACAUCGCCGUUGGAACCAUGGUUCUGCUGAUGGACGAGCGGCUUCCGCCGUUGAAGUGGAACCUCGGCCGCGUUACCGAAGUAUUCAGAGGCUCCGACGAUAACAUCCGCGUGCCGUCGUUCUACCCGUCCCGGGUCUCCGGGACAACGUAUUGUUUGGAGCCAACCGAUCUUCCGCCCAAGACCCUGUCCAUAAGUCCACCGAUUCGAGCAACGUUGACCCCCUCCCUCGUCGUCGAGAACGACCGCAGGACAACCGCCGGACUACCACAGGACAACCGAAGGACGCCCCAAGACACCCCGAAGAAUCCUCUAGCGAUCGAUGUUUAUCUCGCUCGGACCACCAUCCGCAUCGUCAAGCCCACCGAAGAAUCCACCACCGGCAUACCGCCGUACAGUUCAUCGUCAGAAACCAAAUCACAGUAUUUCCCGAAGAGCAAGCAGCCGAUUCCGUCGAACAUGUACCAUGAAGCAUCCGAAGACCAGAAGUUCGUCACCACCCCGAACCGUGUUUCGCGCACGGUAGCCGAAGAAGACUGGCAACGAGAGCGAGCCGGAGAAAGCCCUUCGUCGUCGCCGACAGUCGACCACCCAGAAACCAUCCCAUCGAUGUCCGUGGACCAUCCCCGCGGAACAUAA